CGAAGAACUUAAACCCUCUGUUAAACCCUUCUAUUGCGAAUUUCCCCCUUAAAUACUCUGAUAAUGUACGGACAGCCACCGGGCGAAGGCGGCGGCGCCGGCUGGCGUAUCCCUCCUCCACAGCCACAGCCACAGCCGCAGCCACCAUAUUUAGGGUUUCAAAAUCCUAAUUUUGUUCCUUACCCCUUCUUUCCGAAUCCCAAUUUUUCUAUUCAAAACCCUAAUUUCCUGAAUUUUCCAUUCCAACAAUUUCAGCAGGCUCCUCCUCAACAGAGUUUUCAAUUUCAGCAGCCUCCUCCUCAACAGAGUUUUCCAAGGGGUAAUAACGAGGUUGAUGGAGCUGCAGUUAACGCCGGUGAACAUGAAAAUGUGCAACCAAAUCCUAUUUUUCAAGUUCAGCAGCAGCCUCCCUCAAAGGGUAAUAAGAAGGUCAUUGAGAGAAUUGAUAAAGCUGUAAUUAAGGCUCGUAAAGACCUUAUAGAAGCAGGUAAAAAUGUGUCAGCUUGGAAAGUUUCACAAGCUGCUUUGGUUAUACUUAAUGCUGAUACUUGGGAUUCUUUGGGUUUCAAAGUUCAAGAAGUUCCCUCCUUGCAAAGUCUCAUUGUUACCGAAGGGAAGAUUAAUGCUUUCAUCCACUGCUUUGUGGGUGUUCAAAGUAUUACCACAUUGUGUGAUUUGGAAGUAGCAAUAUGCAAGAAUGAGAGGGUUGAGCUGUUUGAAGAUCUAGAAUUGGGUCCGCUGGUGAAACACCCGCUUACUGUCCAUUAUUUUUCUAUCAAUCCUGAUGUUUCAGAAGUUUUCAGAAUAACAAGCAAGGAGAUAAUGUUCUUCCUUUCUGAGUUCAUGGAUGCUGAUAAAAGUAGAAAAGUAAAAUUAGAUGAAUUUUUGAACUUCAUCACUGAGAAGAAAUCUGCUGGAACCAGAGAGAAUCUUUGUGUACGGAUUCAGAACUUGAGGAUGUAUAUUACUUUAAUCCAUGAAGCAAAGCAGUUCGAAAUUAGCACUGUUAACAAAUAUAUGCAUGUGGUAAAAAAAAAAUCCAGCAAAAAUAUCAAGAAUCGCCCUCUCCUAUCUUCAGAGAAGAAGCAGUUAGAUGAGCAUUUUAAUGCCAUGUGUGAACGUAUCAAAUCAUUUUCCUCAGCUAAGAAGGAAUUUUGUGGUACACACAUAAGGUUUCAAUCAAGUUCAGAAUAUGAGAGCAGUGAUGAUGAUCAGGAUGAAAGUGCUGCAUGCAGCCCAGCUGGAAACAUCAUUUCGGACAUGCCUACCACCUGUCCGUACCCAUCAGCAUCUGAAGAAAUGAUGCGGCUGGGUUUGAAAGCCGAAGAUGGCGUUGGCCUACUUACUGCUAGUGGCAGUGAUAGAUACAGUAAGGAUAUUCGGCAAUCCAAGAGUAAAAGAAAACAUGAUGAUGUUCAUAGUUCCAUGGCUUUACCCAAAAAAGCACCAAAAAGAGAUGCGAUAACUCACAGUAAUAAAAAGGGAUCAAAACUUUCUCAGAUGUGGAAAGAAGAAUCUGUUGGUUCAAAUGAAUUUUUACAUGGUGAUGAUUCAAUUAAAAGUUUCGUUAACACUUGGAAGGAGGCAUGUCGGACAAACAACAUAGAUGAGGUGUUUCAGAGGAUGCUUCAGUUCUACAAGGCAAGGAAGAAAAAUAAAGUGACAAAAUUGUUUUCAUCAUAUCCAUUUUGUGGGUUGCUUCAAGUUGCUGUUGCAUCUAUUAAACGUGGAAUGUGGGACAGUCUGUAUGAUAAGUUCCAAACAUUUCAACACUGUGGAGUGACCAACAGAGGCGCUGAAAAUUGUGCUGAUUCCAUAUGCAUUGAGGUUGAAUCACCUGAAAGGGAUGCUACCAAUCUUUUCGAGAAGGUGUGCGAAAGUGGUGUCACCGUUGAGGACAUACUUGGUAAAAUUAUUACAUAUUUUGAGGGUGAUGAUAAUGCCUUGUCAACUGCAAGUUCAUACCAUGAGAAGUUUUUCUUCCUCUUGAAUAAGUUUCGCAAGCUUGAAUCUUGGUUGACAAUGCAGUUCGCCGUGAAGAAAUUUGAGUCACUUGGUUAUGGGGAUAUCUGGCAUUUCCUGGAGAAAAAUAUGCAUCUGUUUAGUCAUACUUUACCAAGGUGCUUAACAGAUGACAUGCACGAGAAGCCUCCUCUAGAACCACCUUCAAUGCUUGAUUAUCAGUUUGAUCUGUUGUUAUCACAGGCUUCACAAUGCUUAUGGGAGAGCGGAAAAGUAGACAAGCGACGGAUUUCGGAAUUACUAAUGAGACAAUUCCCUUUAGUCUGUUUAAAUGCGGCUGGAAAUGACUUAAUGAUAGAUAUAGAGAAUUUUAUGAAGGCAAAGAAAGGCAAUAUGACUUUAAAAUCUGUCGUAUUCUCUGAAACAUUGCUCAAGGGAUCUGCAAUAGGUAAGCAUAAAGAAUAUAUAUCAAAGGAAACAGGUUUGGAGGAUGACGUAGGACAUGGAGAUUGGAUAUUGAUGUCCAAAGAUGCCAUGAAGGUCUUGGUCAGUGCUCCAAUGUUGAUAGAUCUGAAAUUGUGGUCACAUUGGGACAUGGUCUUUGCUCCUUCUCUUGGUUCUCUUGUGGAUUGGCUGUUGAAAGAUGUCAAAACCGAAGAGUUAUUGUGUUUGGUAACCACGUGUGGGAAGGUUGUCCGUGUUGAUCAUUCAGCCACUAUUGAGUCUUUUGUAAAUGUACUUCUGCAAGGAAGUCCUUUUGAUACGGCUGUCAAACUGGUAUCUUUGUUGGUCUUGUAUGGUGGUGAAAAAAACGUUCCCAAUUCACUUUUAAAAUGCCAGGCACGUCAGGCAUUUGAAGUUUUAAUUAAAAAUUUUGAGGAGAUGAAAUCACAUGACAUUCAAGAUUCCCUCAAGCAUGCCACAUCUCUAUGCAGACAGCUCAUACAUGAUGAAACUACAUCGACUAUGAACAAGAAAUUACUGAGGAGGGAUAGGGUUGGUAAAAUUGCGCCUUUGGCGUCGAGGUUUAUUCUCGACUGUCUGGGCUAUUUGCCUGUUGAGUUUUGGCAUUUUGCUGCAGAUAUCUUGCUUGCUGGGGUGCAACCUUUUGUUAAAGAUGUUCCUUUAGCUAUCAUAGGUGAAUGUGAACGGAUAGAGCAGCGUCUUAUGCUUCAUCGAGUUGGGAUGUCUCUGGGCAUAGUAGAAUGGGUUGAAGAUAAACAGAAAUUGAGUGCCUGUUCUGCCACUAACUUGUUAAUGUCUUCUGGAUCAUCGUGCUUGAAAGUCACAGAGCUUGAUUUCAGCAAAGGCUCAACCUUUAAGGAAGAAGUAUCAAGCAAAUAUCCCUUGUCUGCAAACGAGAUUAGCCUCUCCAAAGAUCCAACGCAGAAAACUGAAAAUCGAGAUGCCAGUUGCUCUGAAGGUGUUAUAUCUUAUGUUCCUCUUGAUAAUUCGGCUGAUAGUGCCAAACAGCACUCAUAUGAGCUUGAGAGUUCCGCUGCCAGAGUUAUUGAAUCUAUUCAGCAAGAAGAAUUCGGUCUGCAGCCUGAUCUCCCACUAGUUGAAAAUGCAAUAUUGAAUAAGCAACAUGAUCGCUUGGGGAGAGCACUCCAUUGUCUUUCGCAGGAGUUAUAUUCUCAGGAUUCACAUUUUAUUCUAGAGCUGGUUCAGAAUGCUGAUGAUAAUAUCUACCCCGAGGAUGUCGAACCCACUUUGACUUUCAUUCUUCAGGAUAAAGGCAUUAUAGUUCUAAACAAUGAACGUGGCUUUUCUGCUGAUAACAUCAGAGCACUCUGUGAUGUUGGCAACUCUACUAAGAAAGGACGUAAUACUGGAUAUAUUGGGAAGAAGGGCAUCGGUUUCAAAUCUGUAUUUCGGGUCACUGAUGCCCCAGAAAUUCAUUCCAAUGGUUUCCAUAUUAAGUUUGAUAUAACUAAUGGCCAGAUAGGUUUUGUUUUGCCAACUGUUGUUCCUCCUUGUGACAUCGAUUUCUAUACCAGAUUGGUCUCUUCAGGUUCUGAUUGCAAUUAUUGGAAUACAUGCAUAGUACUUCCCUUCAGAUCAAACCUCUUAGAAAGGUCUGGCAAAGAGAACAUUAUGUCAAUGUUUGCUGAUCUUCAUCCAUCUUUAUUACUUUUUCUUCAUCGACUUCACUGUAUCAAAUUUCGAAAUAUGGUUAGCGAUUCUAUUGUUGUUAUGAGGAAAGAGGUUGUGGGAAAUGGUAUCAUUAAGAUUUCUUUUGGAGAGGAAAAAUUGAGUUGUCUUGUGGUAUCCCAGAAAUUACAGGCUGGCACUAUUCGUCCUGAUACCCCAACAACAGAAAUUUCCAUAGCGUUUACGUUGCAGGAAACACUUGAUGGAAGCUACAAUCCGCACCUGGACCAACAACCUGUUUUUGCAUUCCUUCCUUUGAGAAAGUACGGCCUGAAGUUUAUACUUCAGGGUGAUUUUGUACUCCCUUCAUCCAGGGAAGAAGUUGAUGGGGAUAGUCCCUGGAACCAGUGGUUGUUGUCAGAGUUCCCUAGCUUGUUUGUUAGUGCUGCGAGGUCAUUUUGUGAUCUGCCGUGUUUUAAGGAUAGUCCAGCAAAAGCUGUUUCAGCUUAUAUGAGCUUUGUUCCCCUUAUAGGGGAGGUUCAUGGUUUCUUCUCAAGUCUUCCUCGGAUGAUUCUUUCUAGAUUACGCACGUCAAACUGCUUGAUAAUAGAAGGUAUGGAAAAUGAAUGGGUUCCUCCAUGCAAAGUCUUGAGAAAUUGGACCCAAGAGGCUCGUAACCUUUUACCUGAUAGCUUACUUCGCAAGCAUCUUGGUAUUGGUUUCUUGCAUAAAGAUAUAGUUCUACCAGAUUUAUUAGCCGGAGCUCUAGGAAUUGAGGAAUAUGGACUCAAAGUUCUACUUCAGGUUAUAACUUCUUUAUGCUCUUCAGACGAUGGUCUGAAGUCAAUGGGUUUGGAAUGGUUGUGUGUGUGGUUAAGCGCCACUUAUACAAUGUUGUCAAAUGGGAAUGACUCAACAGAUUUUGGGAUUGAAUCGCAUCUCAUGAAGGACCUCAAGAAUAUUCCAUUUAUUCCCCUUUCAGAUGGUAAAUAUGGCUCACUGAAUGAAGGUACAAUUUGGUUGCAUAUUGAUUCAACGGGAACUGCUACGAAUGAUGAGUAUGCCCUAGAAACUUUCUCAAUAUUGUAUUCUACUCUUCGAACUGUGAGUCCUGCACUACUUUCUGCGGCUGCCACUCUUGGCACGUCAUGCUCUGAAUCAUCAAUAGUUGAUAAUGUUACCAGGAUGCUGUACAGAGUUGGUGUCCAGCGUUUAUCGGCACAUCAAAUAGUAAAAACGCACAUUCUACCAUUUAUCUGCAGAGAUCAAAAUGGACUAGAACAUAGAGAAACAAUGGCAGAGUAUCUUGCCUUCUUGAUGUUCCACUUACAGUCAAGUUGCCCUGACUGUCAAUCUGAGAGGGACCAAAUUAUCAGAGAAGUGCGUGACAAUGCUUUUAUAUUAACAAAUCAUGGUUGCAAAUGUGUCGUCGAGUUUCCCAUCCAUUUCGGCAAAGAAUUUGAAAAUCCCAUUGAUAUGAGUAAAUUACUCCAUGAAUCAGAUUUUGAGUGGCAUGAGAUUGAGGAUAUUUAUUUAAAGCAUCCAAUCAACAAAUUGUUAUCUGAAGCUGUGUUAAAGUGGAGAAAGUUUUUCCAGGAAAUUGGGAUCACUGAUUUUGUACGAGUUCUUCAGAUUGAGAAAAGUAUUUCUGAUGUAUGCUCUCUUCACAUUAAUGCAACAUUGGAUAAAGAUGUGAUUCCUAUAGAAUCAAUUGCAAAAGAUUGGGUGUCCGAAGAGUUUGUCGAUUUACUGUCACGAUUGUCUUCAACGCGUGACAAGGAAAAAAGCAAGUACCUCUUGGAGGUGCUUGAUAGUUUGUGGGAUGAUAAUUUUAGUGAUAAGGUUACUGGCUUCUAUUUCACUUCCACUGGAGAAAAAAAAUCAUUUGAUUCUUCAUUCACCAGAAUCCUCCGUGAUGUUCAAUGGCUAGCAUCGAGUAUGGAUAGUGAGCUUCAUUUUCCGAGGGCGUUAUUCCAUGAUUGUGAGGCUGUGCACUCAAUUUUCGGUGACAAUGCUCCUUAUGCCAUUCCAAAGGUGAGAAGCGAAAAGUUGUUAACAGCUCUUUGUCUGAAAACACAAGUUACAGUUGAUGACGCUUUAGCAAUUCUUAAAGUUUGGAGAGCUAAAGUGCCUUUGAGUGCUAGUUUGUCACAAAUGUCAAAGUUCUACACUUUCAUCUGGAGUGGGAUGAAUACUUCAGAAAGGAAACUUGUGGAAGAGUUGUGUAAUGAACCUUCUGUGUUUGUCCCUUGUAAGCUAAUUACUUCACAUGAAGCUGUUGUACCUGGUGUUUUUUUGUCAUCUGAAGAAGUCUUUUGGCAUGAUUCAACUGGUUCGGUCGACCUAGUGAAGAUGGUCUGCCCGGAGUUUGACCCACAUUCAGUUCAGCACCCCUUCACCAAAAUGUUAUGUAGUAUGUAUCCAACGCUUCAUGACUUCUUUGUGAAAGAAUGUGUAGUGGAUGAGCUCCCUCAUUUUCAUGGAUACCUUCAAAUAUUGCUGGAGUUGUCAGCUGCUGUUUUACCUUCACAAGGAGCUAAGAAUGUAUUCCAUAUAUUUCUCAAGUGGAUUGACGAGCUAAAUUUAGGAUCUUUGAGAUCUGAAGAUCUUAGUUUCUUGAAGGAAGGUCUUUUGACAAAGGAUUAUCUGGUGCUUCCAACUGCAGAAGAUAAAUGGGUAUCUCUGCACCCAUCGUUUGGGCUCAUCUGUUGGUGUGAUGAUGAUAAGUUGAGGAAGGAAUUCCAGUAUUUUGACAAUAUUAAGUUUCUCUACUUUGGGCAACUCAAUGAUGAGGAAAAGGAAAUUCUCCGAACAAAAGUUCCAAUGUUUAUGGACAAAUUGAAUAUUCCUUCUCUAUCAAAGGUUGUAAUGCGUGAAGCAAUAUAUGAUGGUCUAACAGAAUCUAGCUUGGUAGCUUCAAUGAUUAACUGGGCUCUUCCAUAUGCUCAACGUUAUACAUAUAACAUUCAUCCAGACAAGUAUUUGCAGCUCAGCCAGUCUGGAUUUCAGAACCUGAGAUGUCUACAGAUUGUUGUUGUAGAAAAGUUGUUCUACAGAAAUGUUAUAAGAAGUUCCCACAUAGCAUCGAAGAAACAGUUUGAGUGCAGUUGUCUGCUAGAGGGAAACAUCUUGUAUGUCACUCAAGAAUCAGAUUCUCACUCAAUAUUCAUGGAGAUUUCUCGUUUGUUAUCUUCUGGAACUCCCGACUUGCAUUUGGCAAACUUUCUUCAUAUGAUCACUACUAUGGCAGAAUCAGGUUCCAAUGAGGAGCAAACUGAGUUUUUCAUUUUGAAUAGCCAGAAAAUGCCCAAGCUUCCUGCAGAUGAAUCUGUUUGGUCUCUUGCAAAUGUUUCACUGUCAACAGAUGGUGAGACAGGGGUGAUGAGUUCUUCCAGAACAAUUGAUGAGAAAAACCCUGCAAAAAUCAAGAUGAGACCGGGAAUCAGCUCAAGCUGGCCACCUACUGACUGGAAAACAGCUCCUGGUUUUCACCGAUUUAGUGUCAUCCAAUCGAGAAAGAAGACUGUGGAAGAAAGUGUAAUGAAAACAUGUGCACUGGCUUCAACUGAGAUGACUUGUGUGGAGAAUAUGGACAACGAUCCAGAAUCAGCUGCAGUUGUACUAGGUUCACAAGAUGUUGAUCAUAUGCCUGGUACUAUGACGGAGGCAUUCGAUUCUCCUCAUGCCAUGACUGAACCACAUGACCUGAAUAAUAGCUCUUCUGAUGUGACAGAAAGAGAUCAACUGUAUACAGCCACAAAUGACAAAAGUGACGUUAUAAAGGAAACUGGCAGACUUGGAGAAUAUUUUGCUUUCAAGUACUUCUUGGAGAAAUUUGGUGAGCCUUCUGUGAAAUGGGUCAAUGAAACCAAUGAAUCGGGGCUUCCCUAUGACCUUGUUGUGGGAGAUGAUGAAUACAUAGAAAUAAAGGCAACUAGAUCAGCGACAAAGAAUUGGUUCCAUAUUACCUCAAGGGAAUGGCAGUUUGCCAUUGAGAAAGGUGAAUCUUUUAGCAUUGCCCAUGUUGUCUUAUCGCCCAAUAACACAGCAGUAGUGACAGUAUACAAAAAUCCAUUCAGACUCUAUAAACUUGGUAAACUUCGGUUAGCUCUCCUAAUAUCUAAGUCAUGAAACUUUAUAGAUGUACAUAAGGAUAUAUACUGGAUUCUUCGUUACUUCAUACAAUCUGGACUAGAGUUUUAGCAGACGAUAGAAUAUGGUACCUGCUGAGCAGCACGUCGUUUUCAAAGUGCUGCAUUUGAGAAUUCAUACUACAUAUUGAUCUUAACAUUUGUGAUUUGUUGGAGAAGCUUGAGCUGAUUGCAGUUUUGCCUCCAGACACCUUUGAUUCACUGCUUCUGUGCAUACUGUAAGUCUCAUUUUAGAAAUCACGUCAAUUAUGUUAUACAAAGAUGUUUAUUUAUUUUCUCAAGUAUAUCAUUUAUUCAAGCAAAACCUGUAUACUAGAUUGCCAACGGCGAACACAUUUAGUUUAUGAAAUUCAUUAUGCUUUUUUGAUA